CACGGCAUAUACACCGAAGCAUCGUGCAUAGCAGUCAGGCAGUUGAUUAAGCGAACAAAAUCAAAGAUGGCGCACUUCUAUAUAGUCAAGGUUUUAGGAGUCGUAAGCGUCACGUUGACGUUAGCGUUAAUCACCAACGGCCAAAUGGACUUGACGAAGCAACCAGGUGCCAAAGGCGCCAACGUCGUCAGCGCCGUCGUUGAUAUCAUACGCCACUCUUGCAUAUUUCCCGACGACAAGUUUUUCUUGAGGCGCUUGGCAUACGUAGAAUCCCGGGAUGGUGUAAGCGGGAGAACAUAUCGUCCAGGCUACGAUGGCGGCAUAUGGCAGGUCGAGCGGUACCAAUUUAACGCCACCCAGCACUCGCCGGCCAUACAGAAAUAUUUCCCUCAAAUCCAAUCCUUGUUUGGCAUCGAUUGGACAAGAGUGACCUGGAGUGACCUUCGAAAGCCGUUAUAUUCGGGCAUAGCAUCUUCUCUCUACACCCAAACCCUAAGCACUUCGGUCCCUCGGGGAAUUGAGAAGCAGUCUAUGUUCUGGACCCACAACUACCAAAGUGCCUCUACGGAGCUCUCGUACAACUUCACCGUGGCCUCCUCUCUACUCAGUGACAACUGUCAGGGGAACCAAACUAUCGACUUAGCAUUUAUCUUGGAUGGAUCCAGCAGUGUGUCACCGGGAGAUUUCCUAAGAGCGAAGGAAUUCGUGCUACACGUUAUAGAUAUAUUUACGAUUAGCCUUGACGACGCACGGGUAUCUGUGAUCACGUACAGUGAUGACGCAGUGGUGGAAAUGUACCUGGGUGCUAAUCAAACCAAGGAGGAAGUCAGGGAACAGAUCCUGAACAUCCAGUGGCGAGGUGGCUCUACUGCUACCGGAAAAGCUCUAGAUUUGGCAGCGGAUGUUGUUUUCACGGCUGCGCACGGUAGUCGAGUGGGAGCCCCUAAAGCUGUGAUAUUGCUAUCGGACGGACAAUCUAAUGACUUCUACGAGACGAAGAAUGCUGCCCGUCGGGUGAGGGAAAUGGGGAUUACGGUGUUUGCCGUAGGGGUAGGAACAAUUCUGGACUUGUUGGAGCUCAAAGAAGUUGCGUCUGACCCAGAUUGCACGCACUUGUUCCUCGUCAACUCCUAUGAUGAAAUCGACACCUUGGUUCAGGAAAUUCAGCACGCCUCUUGCAGGAUACCCGUUGUGAUCGGUCCAACUGACGUCGUAGUGUGUGAACUGAGCAAGGACAACUCCUGCGUUUACAAGACUCGCAACAUAUCCGCAGUCCAGAUCACUGUGGACUGUUCAUCCGCCAUCUUGUACAGCUCUUACAAUAACCCCUAUCCCGGUUCAGCCUAUUACGAGCUGACGUCAAGGGCGACUACAGCGCAACCUGUCAUCAUAGGUGUUGGCACUAAAGGGAAACCACUCUACAUUUCUGUCUGGGGACCGUGGUUACACACAGGAGACGGUAGAAGGUGCUACGCCACCCUUCGGCCAAUGACGCAUGAAUAUACAUUUGAACUUAUCUGUCGGGAAAAUGGCGUCGAUCGGGAGUGUAGUAUACCUGCAGAUCUUUUCAGAUACAAACCACAGAUUUGCAAUGAUAACUGGUGGGACUUCACCAACCCCUGCACCCGGUCUGCUGUGGAGCAAGGAAAGGUGGUUUUCCCCCACCCUUACAACGCCAACAUGUACCUGACGUGUGACCUGACCGGGCGGGUGUACAUUGUCAUAUGUCCGUCGGGUACACUAUUUGACCAGAAUAGUCUUCAGUGUGGGAUGGGACCACGUGGUAACGGGACUGGACACGUGGAUAUCAACCCGUGUACCCCUGAACAGCUUCGCGCGGGGAACUUCUUCUUCCCAUACCUAGAGGACCACCAUAAGUACAUACACUGCGAUGCCUGGGGUCACCCAUGGGUUAUGGACUGUAAUGGCGGGUUUGUCUGGGAUCAGAGGGAGUUGACCUGCGUAGAGGAGUUCCUCGUCGGGGUAACGCCUCACCCCCAUUACAACCCUUGUACUAGAGAGAUGAUUGCUAUGGGCAAGCUCUUCUUUCCCUACCCUGACGAUAACCGCCAUUACAUCCGCUGUGACGCGUGGGGCCAAGCGUUCGUCAUGCCUUGCGAACCGGGAACAGUGUGGAAUCAGCAGGUUAGCGUUUGUGUCUAAGAAUUUGACUCCCAGAACAUCAAUGACGCUGUAUAUUUUGUAUCAAAAAAAAUAAUAAAAUGAGA